CAGCUUGGGAGCUGAUCGCCUCUCAUUGGAAAAUGGCGUCGGCGGCUGUUGUUACUGAGACCAAGAAGAUAACUGACUUACGCGUUAUUGACCUGAAAACUGAGUUGAAACGGCGCAAUCUCGAUGUUAAUGGGGUCAAGAAUGUUUUAAUUACAAGGCUAAAGCAGGCGAUUGAAGAGGAAGGUGGUGAUGCUGAAAACAUAGAAAUUACAGUAUCUGCAGAGACUCCAACCAAGAAAGUUCUCAAAUCUAAAGGUAGGAAAUCUGAUGCUGCUGAUGAUGGCGAUGCAACAAUGGAGGAAGAAUCCUCAAGCAAGGAAGCUGAAAGUCUAGAUCAGGAUGAUAGUGAGGAUGCAAAAGACAUAGAAGAUGAAAGAGACAGUGAAGAGGAAAAUGUUAAUUCUUCAAAUGAGCUACUUGAAACAGAAAUGGAUGCUGAAGCUUCUAGAUCGGCCACAGAGAUGGAAGAUUUUGUAGUUCAGGAAGUGGAUAAAGAAGAGUCUAAGCAAAUUCAUCUGGAUGAAGAAGACGUCUUCAUUAGAGAUGAAGCAGAGGAUGAAGACAAUGAAAAAGAUGUAACAGAUACUGAUGAAGGUACUCGUGAUUCUAAACAUCUCGCUUCAGAGGAAAGCCUUGCAGAGGCUGAACAAGCUGCUCAGGAUGACAGAGAAAUUGCAGUUUCAGCAAAAGAAGCAGAGGAUGAUAACAUAUCCAUCACAAUCCAGGCAGAAGAUGCCAUCACUUUGGAAUUUGAUGGUGAUGACCUCCUGGAUACAGGUAAAAAUGUGAAACUUCCAGAUUCGGAGGCAAGGAAGUCCCAUGAUGAACCAGAGGCCUCCUCCCAGAUGUGCCAGGACAAAGGCAAGGAUAUAGAUGUGAAAGAGAACCAUAAAGAUGGUAAGAAGGAAGACGGAAUGAAGGCUGAGCCUGCCAAGAAGGAAACCAGAGAGAGCUCAAAGAAAGCUGAAACGGGAGAUAAAGAAAAGGAUUCUGUGAAGAAAGGCCCCUCCUCUAGUGGGGCAUCAGGUCAAGCAAAGAGUUCUUCAAAAGAUAAAGAUGGAAAAACCUCUAAGGAUGAAAAAGGUGGUAGUGCCAGUGGCACUGGAGGAAGCAGCAGUGGUUUCAGUAGCUCAUCUCGCAACUUGUGGGUGAGUGGGCUUUCCUCCAAUACCAAAGCGGCAGAUUUAAAAAAUCUCUUUGGAAAAUAUGGUAAGGUCCUUAGUGCUAAAGUUGUGACGAAUGCACGGAGCCCUGGUGCAAAGUGCUAUGGUAUUGUUACUGUUUCUUCAAGCACAGAAGCGUCCCGGUGCAUUUCUCACAUUCAUCGUACCGAACUGCAUGGUCAGCAGAUUUCAGUAGAAAAGGUUAAAAGUGAUCCAUUUAAAAAAGAUUCCACUAAAAAGGAUGGAGAGGAGAAAAGUUCUAGCAAAUCUGAAAAGAGGCAGUCUACAAGUGGAAAAACAGGAAAGACCCAGGGGUCUAAGAAAGAGGAGAAAAAAUCUGAUAAAUCUGGUGAUAAAGAGAGCAAAGAAGGUGGCAAAAAACAGGAUGUAAAGGAUGAAAAAGCAGAAAACACUUCUGGUUCUGCUCUAGAAACCUCCAAGAAAGAGGAUAAAAAGCGUGGUAGUGCUAAGAGCCCUAUCAAAAUGACAAGUAGUCAAAGUAAAGGAGACCCUGCUUUUAAUAAAAUGAAGCCAAUGUUGAGAAAAGGGAGACUUGAUAAGGUUUUCUCCUAUGCUAUGGCUCGGCGUCCCAGAGGAUUUCUUCCACCUGAGGAGAUUAACGCCCUAAGAAGCAAAGGUAAAUUCUUCCCAAACAAGGAUAACUUUAGGCCUGGAAGAAGAGACAUUGUAUCAUUUGAAAAAAUGAAGGAACAAAGAAUGCGAGAGAGACUAAUUCGCCUGGAAAGAAUUCGUCGGGCCAUGGAAUUGCGACGUCGACGUGAAAUAGCAGAAAGAGAACGCAGAGAAAGGGAGAAGAUCCGCCUUCUCCGGGAAAGGGAAGAAAGGGAACGACUGCAGCGAGAACGGGAGAGGCUGGAGAUUGAAAGACAGAAGUUGGAAAGGGAGCGACUCGAGCGUGAGAGGCUGGAACGUGAAAGGAUACGAAUUGAACAGGAGCGUCGUAAAGAAGCAGAGCGUAUAGCUCGAGAGCGUGAAGAAUUGAGACGUCAACAAGAACAACUUCGUUAUGAACAGGAGAAGAGAAGUUCUCUGAAAAGAACUCGUGAUGUAGACCACAGGAGGGAUGACUCUUACUGGAAUGGAAACAAAAAAAUUCAAACUGACACAGAUUCCCGUUUGGGUCAUGGUUCUGAUUUUAAUCGACAGCAAAACCGGUUCAAUGAUUUCAAUCACAGAGAGAGAAGCAGAUAUCCUGAGAACUCCUCAGUGCAGCCAUCUACUUUUGAGAGGCGGGAUCGUUUUGAAAAUGAGGCGGAUUCAAAGAAGACUCGGCCAGCGCGAAGAGAAGGUUCUGGAUUUGAAAGAUACCCAAAAAAUUACGACAAUACCAGGAGAGCUGAGCAGCCACACACAGAGCUGAGAGAUAAUGAACGCAGAGAGAUGAGAGACCGGGAUGAAAGGAGAGCAGUACCCAUACCAGAGAGACCAUCGGGCAACCGAGGUCAUCCUACAGAAAGGGGGCGUGUGGAUGAGAUGCCUCAUAGUAGACCCAGUAGAGAUUCUGGUCCAGGAGGCUGGAAAAAUGAAACUGGAAUUGGCAGUGACAAAGACCUUAGAGGUGCUGUUCGGAUGCGCCCAGAAAGGUCAGGAAGAGAUGGUCCUGGAUCUAGUAUAAGAACAGUGCCUCCAUCUAGCCGGGGAAGGUCCAGCUAUGGUAGCCGUGAAGAUGGAAGAGCCAUGAUGAUGGAGAGAGUAAACAGUGGAGCUUCGUCUUUUAGGCACCCUCAUCAAAAGAAUUUUACUGAAGGUAGGCAAGUUAUAGUUGAACGCCACAGUCGUGAUCAAGCUCCAAGGAAGGAUUGGCACGGGCCGUCGUCUCAAGGGAGCAGCUAUCAUGACUCGAGGAGGAUCAGUGAUGGUCGAGGCAACAUGAUGUCCCAGCAGCAUUCAAGGUACUAGAGCUACGAAGAGUGGGAUUUCAAACAUUUGGACUUGUAUACUUGGCACAGGUGUGUGUUUUGUUUCGAUGUAAAAAAGUUUUUUUUUUUUUUUGUUUUUUU